AUGAUCCACCUCAGCAAUCACCAUUUGGCUAAGACGGCUAGGCCCGAGCUUCUUCCUCCUCAUCAUCACACUACUCCUCUUCCUAAUAAUCUCCAUUUGAUUCAUCUUUCUCCUAACCUCCAUCAUCGCUUCUUCUUCAAGCACGAAUCUCCUCAUAAGCACGUCCUCGUUCAACGAUUGUCCUCGAAAAAAAGACCUCCUACCUUCGGUGCUAAGCCUCGUAGGGUUCAACGGCGGUACUAUUCUUUCUUGCGGGACGAGAAAAGCUUUCGACGAACUGGGGUAACUGUUGCUUCUCCUUGGGGGGAAAUCGGCCCGAAACACUUCGUUAUAAGACGAGAUGGGUGCACAGAGACAGACCCUAGUGAAUGA